AUGGCCGUUCGUAAUGAUCUAAAGCAAACUGCUCCUUUUCUAUCUCGAGCCGUUCGCAAGACUCUUAAGACCAUGGAUAUAUCUAAACUAACUGAAAUACAACAAAAGGCAAUUGUUCCGGCCUUAAACCAUGAAGACGUCCUAGGCAUAGCCAAUACGGGCUCCGGAAAGACACUAGCCUUUCUUAUUCCCGCCGUACAGAUGCUCCUGAAGACCAAAGACCUUAAAUCCCCACGAGUACUAGUUAUUUCUCCCACUCGAGAACUAGCCAUGCAAACCAGCCGAGUAGCUAAGAAGUUACUGGCUGCUGUUCCAGGGGCAGAAGCUACUUUACUGGUGGGAGGCACUAAGAAGUCCGAAGAGUCCGCACUGAUCAAACAAGGCAGUGCGAUUCUAGUAUGUACUCCAGGCCGUUUACUAGACCAUUUAGUUAGUGGCUUAUCUCUGCAGAAGAUCAAAAUGGUUGUUCUUGAUGAAUCCGAUCGGAUUUUAGAUAUUGGCUUUGAAAGGAAUAUGCUGGAAAUUCUAUCCUAUAUUCCCAAGAAACGCCAAACUUUAAUGUUUAGUGCGACAGCUACUCCUAAUGCAUUAACCAGAGCGUGGCUAUCUCGUAAGCAUGCAGUGGUUGAGGUCAAGGAGGAUAAUCAAGUUACAGCGGUUGGUUUACAACAGUCUUAUAUUGUGUGUCCCGAAGAGAAACGGUUUUCAGUCUUGUUUUCCUUGCUUAAAUCAACAUCAGAUAAGAUUAUUGUGUUUUUUUCAACUUGUGCUUCAGUAGUGUAUCAUGGCGACCUCUUUACUUUGCUUAAAUUCAAUGUUGGUCUCUUGCACAGUGGAGUAAAGCAGGACAGACGAGCGAGAGUCUUUGACUCCUUUUGUUCGGGCGAUUUACAGAUUCUCUUUAGUACUGAUGUUGCGGCUCGAGGUCUAGAUGUGCCAGGAGUUAGUUGGAUUGUCCAGUACGACCCGCCUACUGAUCCUAAAGAGUACAUUCAUCGAGUAGGCCGUACAGCUCGAGCGGGCAGUACAGGUAAAGCUCUACUAUUCCUACUGCCUUCUGAACGCAUUUUCAUUCAGUACUUGAAACAUCUUGAGAUUGUAGUGGAAGAGUGGGUCUUUAGUGAACCCAAAGACAUCACCGACCUGUACAUCAAAACAGUUUCUAACAACUACUACCUGGAAAAGAGUGCCAAAGAAGCACUUAGAUCUUACCUCCAGGCAUAUGCCGGGCACAAGCUAAAGAAGGUCUUUGAUGCCACCAAAAUAGAGCUGCACCAAAUCGCCCGUUCGUUUGGGCUUAACCAGAUGCCUAAUAUUGAUAUUACUAUUGGUGCCAGCAAAAAGUAA